UCCAACCACGCGGCUCGCUUUUCUGUGUCCCCGCGCAGCCCCCGGCGACAGCUGCGCGGCUGUCGGUGGACGCAGGUGGGCGAGGUGUUUGGGGCUGCGGGCUCAGCAUGUGGUGCACGAACCCAGCCGCGAUGGUGGCCUUUUGCGCCGGGCUUUGGGUCUUUAACCCGGUGCCAGCGCGGGGCCAGGAGGCCGGGGGGCGGCCAGGGGCCGACUGUGAAGUAUGUAAGGAAUUCUUGAACCGAUUUUAUAACUCCUUAAUAACCAGAGGAGUCAGCUUUUCUCUGGACACCAUAGAAAAAGAAUUGAUCGACUUUUGCUUGGAUGUCAAAGGAAAAGAACACCGCCUGUGCUAUUAUCUAGGAGCAACAAAAGAUGCAGCCACCAAGAUCCUAAGCGAGGUCAUACGCCCAAUGAGUGUGCAUAUGCCUGCAGUGAAAAUUUGUGAGAAGCUGAAGAAGAUGGACAGCCAGAUCUGUGAGCUGAAAUAUGAAAAGAAACUGGACUUGGCCUCAGUGGACUUGUCGAAGAUGAGAGUAGCGGAGCUGAAACAGAUACUGAACAGCUGGGGAGAAGAAUGCAGGGCCUGCGCAGAAAAAUCCGACUACGUGAAUCUGAUCAAAGAACUGGCACCCAAGUAUGCAGCGAUGCACCCCAAAACAGAACUCUGACCCUUGGAGGCCAGUGCACCAUUGAUUGUAAUGUGAGACAAAAUGACCCUCUAGGAUGUGGACGUGUUGGUUAAGAGUAACCAGGAGUUGCGCUGUGUAUGGUCACAUACUUUUUGUUUUCAUGCUACACCUCAGCAUUGGCUACUUGGGUUUAUAAGUAAAACUGUUAAUAUUAGUGGUAUCUCACAUUUAGGGUACCAAAACCUAAAAGUGCCUUUCUCAUAAUUUUCUUGUAAGAACUGUGUGAAUUAUCAUUGCCUAUCUCCUAAAACUGGGAAAAAAUGAACCACUGAAAACUUGUUGGAGUAAAUGGAUCCUAAGAAGGAAGAGAGCGCUCGGAGGCCCUUUCCGUGCACUAAUUUUUAAUUAAAUAUAUUGGAUUAGGACAAAAGAAACAACGUUUACCUUCUCGAACUCCAAACUUGAACCCAAAAUAAGAAUCUGGCAUAAUCAAAAGUUUUUUAAUUAGUAAACUUUGUAUUUUUAAGUGCAGAUCACUCUAUGCUCUAGCCGUCUUUUGGUGUCAGAAAUGGAAAGACAGGAGGCACCAUAUGAAAUUAGUGUUUCCUGUAUGAAGAAAACCUAUUUAAAAUCUGUAUAAAACUACUUAAAGAAAAUAGAUCACUAAUCCACAUAAGUAUAGCCAAUGUCUUAGCAAACUGUAUCAACACUUACACAGUUAACUGAACCCAACUCAAUGUCUUGACCCUCCUUCCUAUCCUAGCAGUCAAGCUGUUGAUAGAAGAUUAAAGCGUGUUAGGAGCACCUGCAGGCAACGUGCGCUGUAUAGUUCUUAAUGUUAUUUUAUCAGCUUUAAAUUGUAAAAUCACUUUUGACUCAUUUUCUGGCCACAUGAGAAUAAGAAACCCACUGCAGAAGUGGCUGCCUAUGCAUGGCCGGUGGAGGUGGGGAACCAUAGCAGAGCAGUUUGAGAGAACUUUCUGGGGUGAUGGGAAUGCCCUAUAUCUUGAUUGGGGUGGCAGUUAUGUGGGUGAAUAUGAUCAUCACACUCAUCCAGUAGUAUAAUUAAGAUCUGGGCAUUUUCUUGUAUGUAAAUUGUAUCUAAAAAACUGCUGUAGAAAGAUUAUUUGAAAAUUAACUAAAAUGA